CAUGUUUCCAAGAUCUACAAAAAUAUGCUAAUUCUCAUUGCCAGGCUGAAUUCCUGACUUACACAUGGAUUAAAGAAUGAUGUCUUGUAAUUCUUUUAAUCCCCCUCCUUACAAAUCCACCCUAUAAAAACCCCACCAUAUCAAUACAUUCUUCAUCAUCAGAAAUCAAUUCACAUUUCUCUAAUUAGCAAAUAUUGCACUAGCUUUGAGAUCAAGAUGGCUAAGUCACUUGUCCUCUUUCUAGUAUUCAAUGUCCUUUUUUUCACUGUGGUUAGUGCAUGCAACACUUGCCCUGGCCCAAAACCAAAACCGAAGUCAAAGCCAACACCAAGCCCAUCUCCUAAUUCACAAGGCAAAUGCCCAACUGAUGCAUUAAAAUUAGGUGUUUGUGCUAAUGUGCUUAAUGGUUUAUUGAAUGUUACACUUGGAACUCCACCUGUUAAACCAUGUUGCAGUCUUAUUGAAAAUCUUGUGGAUUUAGAGGCUGCUGUUUGUCUUUGCACUGCACUUAAGGCUAAUAUUUUGGGGAUUAACCUUAAUCUCCCUAUUUCACUUAGCUUACUUCUUAAUGUUUGUAGUAAGGAUGCUCCAAAGGGAUUCACUUGUCCAUAAAUGUUUUUUUUUUUUUAAACCUUUUUCUUUAAAUUGUUUUCUUGAGUUUUUUUUUGGAUUUUCAUUUGUUUUAGAGGUUUAAAUUGUUCAAUUUGUUUCCCAUUACUUAUGGGGCUAAUUUAUUUUGGAUUUUUCAUUUGUUGGAAUUAAUUAGCGGCCCUUGCGCUAUUUAUUUGUAUUUCCCAUUCGAAUUAAUAUAUUUCUGGGUAUGACUUUUGUUCGUUGCUUAAGAUAUAUUUUUGUUCGUUUGGUCACUUUUUUCUCCCUAAAUAGGAUUACCGCAUUGUAGGUGGGGUUUCCGCCGGACUCCUGUAUUUUAUUUUUUAUUAAUGACAGGAAAAAAUCACAUGAGGUGAAGAGUUUAAACAUAAUACUACAAUUAAAGAAUAAAAGAAGUAUAGAUAUAUCUCUCUCCAACCCUUAAAAUAUAGAUUUCUUAAAUAGGUGCAAUGCAUUUUAUGAUUCAUUAAUUUUCAGCUAUAUAUUUUUAGAAAUAUAAGGUGGAAUAUAAUCCCAAAUAUCGUGACAAGUUUUAA